GUCGAGUCAGGUGACUGCAAAGGCCCUGAGAUGAAGGACUUGACCAGAGCAAAGGCCAAGGGGCGGACCCGCCUGCGGACUCAGGCGAGGAGGAGGAGGAGGAGGAGGCCCGCGCCAGCCUCUCUGCCAGCGGAAUUGUUUUAGCCAUUCUGGUUCCUGUGCCUUUCCGUAUAAAUUCUGUGGGACUUCGCUGCCCCUUCAAGGAGACUGAACUCAAAGCCUCUGGCCCAGACGAAGAACGACCAGACCCUUAUUGCCGCCCCAGCGUCUCGCUGUAACGCCCCUCCCUCACCUUGAGCUUCCAGCUCUUCCCUGCCCCCCCCAGGAAAGCAGGUCAGCGGGUGUAUCCUGAGACCUCCCCCUCCCCGGGCCAGGACAACAGACAGGACCUCGCACCCAGGUCAACAUUACUUGGUGUCAGAAGUGGGAUCUGGAGAAGACCCUUGGUAACAACCAGGCAGUGAGCAAAGAGGUCUGGACUUGCAGAGGGUAUUGCGCUCAGCUUUCUUGCUGACCCUGGAGCUUGAGGGUAACUUUUCUCCAGGAUUCAAGCUUUACUCUUCUGUAUUUUGAUGUCUCUAGGCUUUAUUUGAGAUCUGUCUUUUGGAAGGCUUCAUCCUCUCUUUAAAGGCUUUGUUGUUACUAAGAGUACUCGUUUGGCAUUUUGGCCUGACUCUUGAAACCAGGCUGUUCCUACUGAAACUGAAUUGCUAAGUUCCUUCGGAACCUCACUCUUGCUAUUGGAACUGUGCCAUUUAGGAAAUUUUUUUCCUUUGCUUCAGAGCAAAACCUCUGAAAAGAGGGGUCCAGGCACCUAUAUGUUUUGUUGUUGCUCUUGUUGUCUGUUUGUUUAUUUGUUUUGGCCACCCCACAGCAUAUGGAGUUCCCAGGCCAGGGAUCAGAUCAGAGCCACAGGUGCCACCUACACUGCGGCUGCGGCAAAGCCAGACCCUUGACCCAACAUGCUGGGCCGGGGUCAAACCUGUGUCCCAGCAUUCCAGAGAUGCCUCUGAUCCCAACUUGCCACAGCAGGAAUUCCCAUCUAAAUGCUUUGAGAGUGCACCCCCUGCUUCCUUCAGGGACCUGUGACCUGAAGAUAGGCACUUGCCAUCUGCCUCUACAGAGAUUGCAUCAUGAGCCACUGCAGCUGCUGACCCACAAUGCCCCCUGAAAGGAGCACAGGGUGAGAGCAGUGAGGCCCUCUGUGCUCUCGGGAAACCAGCAGGACAGGCCUUCGGUUAGGUAUUUUCAGGAGAAGAUUUUAUGAGCCCAAUUCGUGCCUCUUCUUGUCUCCAGAAAAGCACUAAAAUCCAUGGUGACAUUUGCUCCUCCUGACAGCAGUGACCUUCAUGAGACCAGAGGCAACUUUCUGCAAACUGUGUGCUUGGUUGCUGGUACCUCCCCCUUUGCCCAAAUCACACACCAAUCACACACUUACUGACCUUCUCCUGCCUCUUUGGAGCAGUUUCUCAGAGCUCUCUGAAGUGCUGCCUCCCAGGCUACAGCCCUCAUUUUGCCUCAAAUAAUACUUAACUCUCAACUUUUAGGUUGUGCGUUUUUUUUAAGUUGACAGACCCCAGGCAGUUUAACGUUUAAAAACUGUAGUCUUCAUUCAUGCGCCUUUUCAAUAAAUGAACUAGCUUAAGAAAAGUCAUGUAGAGCGCAGAUGGCCGUUAUGGGUAAAAUCUGAAUUUCCCAAACUUAUUAUUCUUAAAGAUGAGUUGGAAAGCCCCAGGGCUCUACUAUUUUCAAAACUAAAGGGAUUCCUAUUUUGAUUGGUAUUUUGAGGCUUCCAAACAUUAUCAAGAUUUCUAAAAUUGCCUCUCAGCGGAAUGCAAUUUUUAAAUUAACCGAGGCAAACAACUGAAGAGAAGCUAAAUGGCCUCUGGGUCCUCUCCCGCCCCCACCUCCUGAGUCCCUGUCUACGGCCCCACCUGGGCCGCUGCCUCCUUUCCUUCUGCACUGCCUCCGCCGCCUCCUCCUCCUCUGGGCCCCCACUUCCUCUUUCGGAUUCUGAUUCUCUCACUGAACUUCCCUUCCCCUAAACCUCUCCCAACUCCCUCCUCCUCUGCACCUACCAAACCUACCCCUUAAAAUGAAAUCUUCUGAGGGCCAAACAAACCCCACGUUUCUUGUGCUCCUGGGAGUCCCAGUUACAGAGCGUCCUAAAGUCAGCGAGGACCCCGCAGGUUUGCCAAGGAAUUUCACGUCAUUAUCCAACCCACCUGCUCGGCUCCUCAGGUCUGCGUCAGUCCGCAUGCUUGUUGAUGGAGAUCAAGCCGGACAUUGGAUGAGACGUGCCUGAUGGGAACGUCCUGAACGGGAUGUAGAAGAACAACCUCCAACUUUUGGCAGGAGGCUGGUUCGCUGGCUAGAGAACUCCGCCAAGCAAUCAGCAGCCUUGCCUCAGCCUUCGAAGACAACACAGUUCAGGCUUGCGCCACGACUCCGACGAGCCUCCUGUGACGCAGGCCUCAGGGCCCCUUGCACUCCUUCCUGCAACCCUCCUGCCUAACCCGUGAGCCGGCCCGGUGGCUGGGGAUGGACGCUCGUGCAGGAUGUCCAAGCGCUAAGUGCACUGCUAACCCCCGAGCCCCACAGCAUCCAGUCCCACCGAGAGCGCCCACUCCACCACAGCUGAUCUGCGCAGGGCACGCGUCACCACUCCAGCUGAUGAGGCCAGCCAGUACCUUUCUGCCUCCACCUGGAGGGGUGACGAUACACCAGGACAGUAAUGCCCCAGGUUUCGCAGAAAAUCCCUUAACACAAAUCCGGAAAGCUGACUUGGGGGACACAAAGGUCUUGCAGGCCUGACAUUGCUACAAUAUACACUCGGCCUUCGAACAACAAGGGACUGAACUGCACAGGUCCACUCACAUGCACCUUUUCCAGUAAAUGCCACGGCACGACUCGGCUGCACGGCUGAGAACCGCAGCACCACAGGUGCUGAGGGCGGACUACAAACGUACCCGUGGACUUUCAGCUGCACAGGGCGGGUGCCUCGAGCCACCACUUUGUUCGGGGGCCAGUGACAUAGACGCUUUGCUGCUCUGCUCUCCUUCUCAAACCUCUUCGUAGGAAGACAGUAUCCACCUGUCAAAACUUUUGGUCUUAAAGGGACAGAAACUCUUUAAGGAAAAGAUGUUGACGCUCAAACUCCGCGUGGGUAUUUCGGGCAAAAGCGAUUUCAGAACAAGGACCACAAGGGGGUCUGGGCAGCCUUCAUGCGUCUUGAACCCCCCCAAACCUAAAACCCCCCAGUUGGGAGGUUUUCUCUGGCUAGCUGGCUGCUGUCAACGUCAAAUUCCAAAUUUCUCUCUUAUGGCCCAGCUCCUAAUGCUCCGUUUAAAAUGAGCGAAGCUGGAGUUCUCCUCAUGGCACAGGGGAAACGAAUCCAACUAGUAUCCAUGAAGGUGCAGGUUUGAUCCCUGGCCUUGCUCAGUGGGUUGGGGAUCCCACGUUGCCGUGAGCUGUGGUGUCGGUCUGAGACGUGGCUUGGGUUCCACGUUGCCAUGGCUGAGGUAUUGGCUGGCAGCUGCAGCUCUGAUUCAACCCCUAGCCUGGGAAUCUCCGUAAUGCCACGGGUGUGACCCUAAAAAGCAAAAAAAAAAUUUUGUAGUUAAAGAAAAAAAUGAGCAAACCCAACCCCGUUGUUUGGAGAGAUCAAGAUGGCAACUCUCUGAGCCUCGAAGAAACCGUAGCAAGGCCCUGCCCUUGGCAUCCUCGCAACAGCUUCCCUUUCCCUCUUCGUAUGUGAGAAGGAAGGGGGCGCCCGUGGAGGAGUCGCCCCCAAACACAGGACCGUCCGCGAGCCAUGGAGUGCUGCAGCCGACAGCUGGACCCUGAGGCCCGGGGACCCCCCUUGUCUCAGAGCCAUCCCUGCCACUGCCCUUCUGGUUAAGGCCACUGGGCCAUAGUCAGGGGACCCUUCCAGCCAGCUUUGCGCUCCGGCAGCACAGCCCUCCCGAGGUCUCAGCACAGCCCGCACUUUUCGGUGAGUGGCCCGCCUCCUACAAAGUCCUGCCGCUGACAGGUCCUCGCCGAACUCUCCCGUGGUGAGCCCCUCAGCCCUGCGCCUCGCCCCUCUGUCUCUGGGGAAGCCCCUCGCCACUGCCCACCAUGGCCAGACCAGCUCCUGCCUCCCGCCGUGGCUCACAGGACCCUCUGCCCCCACGGAUCUGCCAUGCUUUGCUGGCCCUGCCUACUGAGGGUGACAGUGCUGAACGCUGCGCUGGGGAGCGGCUCCACCGCCUCUGGAUGUCGCCACGUCCUGACUUUGGGCUACGUUGGCCCAACAGGCUGAAUGGUGUGCUCUCGCUCAGGCCUGUACUUUAGCCAAGGGCCAAACUGGCACAUUUACACCAACAGCCAGUGUGCCUGUCGGGGAGCCCGCGACCUUGGGAUGCUGUGGAAACAGUGGUUUCCUUACCUGCAAUGGGGGAAAGAUUAAAAGUGGCUCUCACGUCCAAAUCGAAUAGACGCCAUACUCCUGGCAGCCGCUCAGGCGAUAAUUAAGACCCCGGGUUCCAGACCCGACUCCCGGAGGCCGACGAAAACCACUUCACUGAUGUUUGCCCCAAACGCUGCUCCCAAAGGCGCCAACGGCCAGACUUCUGUGGCGGCCCAAAGAGCUGCCCACGACGACAAUCUGGAAAAAUUGACUAGAAAUGCGCAAUAAUUGGCCCCAGAAAAGCAAAGACAAUACUGGAAACCUAGUCACUGCUGGUUCGAUAAAAAAGGAGAGAAUGCUAGUUUGGGCCAAAGAACAGUCCGGCCCAUUAGAAAUUCUAAGACUCCCGAGCUCCUGUCACGGCACGGGGUUAACAAACCCACCAGGACCGUGAGGAUGCAGGCUCGAUCCCUGGCCUCACUCAGGGGGUUGAGGAUCUGGCGCUGCCGUGAGCUGGGGUGCAGGUCGCAGACGUGGCUCAGAUCUGGCGUUGCUGUGGCUGUGGUGCAGGCCAGCAGCUGUAGCUCCAGUUUGACCCCCAACCUGGGAACAUCCAUACGUCGCAGGUGCGGCCCUAAAAAAAAAGAAAUUCUAAGACUCCCUCUUCUCUCCAGUGCACCUGCAUUAAACCACAGGUCCACUGACAGAACGACAGCCUCCACGAACCAGCACUGGUGGAAAUAUUAUUAAUAAGGCCACAAAAAGCGUCCCCUUGCCUGCCCACUUGUCCAAAAUACGAUCCAGAGAAACCUCUCUGCUCUGCUCCCAGACAUUUUUUUUAUAGGCACACUAUUUUAUUAACUCUUAAAUUUCAGAGUUUCUGUUGUGGUGCAGUGGAAACUAACCAUGAGGUUUCCGGUUCAAUCCCCACCCUUGCUCAGUGGGUUAAGGAUCCAGCAUUGCCGUGAGCUGUGGUGUAGGCCGGCAGCUACAGCUCCGAUUAGACCCCUAGCCUGGGAAUCUCCAUAUGCCGCAGGUGCAGCCCUAAAAAGACAAAAAAGACAAAAAAUAAAUAUAAAUUUUAAAAAGAAAAAAAAAAAACACUUAAAUUUCACUAUCAAACAAUGCUGGCCAUGCCUUGUUCAGACUCUUGACAUCAAGACACACGGACAGAGUUUUAAGGGCACAGGGUUCAACGCAGCGUAACAUGCUAACAGAAAACCUAAGAGGUGGCAAAACGACGCUUUUGCUCGCAAGUAUGGGGACAAGCCCCGCGACUGGAGGACAAACCUGGACCGAACAGAGGGGCCCUUGGCUCCCAGACCCUCCGCACCGCCUCGCGAGCCCUGGAGGCCACCGUGGGUCCGAGUCUGGGCUACCUCGCGCUGUACGUUUUCUCACCGGACCAACGUGUCCCCUGUGCACAGGCCGCCGCUUCUUCCGAGGCCAACCCUUUGUUAGAAAGGAGUAUCCUUCCCUGAGGGCCCCCCUCAAACUUCCCCGUGACGGGGGGACCACUGUACGGGUCCCCGACUUCGACGAGGCUCCCCUGUUGGGGGGCUUUGCACUUUCCCGCCUCUCUGGCCCCAGGCUGCAGGCUCCGUUGAAUGCACCACUGGCACCACCAACUCCCACCCGGCAGGAUUUACAGGGAAACUCCCACCUGGCAGGAUUUACAGAGAAACUCCCACCUGGCAGGAUUUACAGAGACCCCUUCCCCCCGCCCCACGGUGGCCCAAAGCAUCGCCACGUACCCUUCUCCCUCCCUCCCAGAGCCACUCCCUCGAGAUGGGCCUCUUUUGACCCGCGGGCGAAGGGAGCUGUUCCUCCUCAUCCUGAAGGCCUGAGAGCUCCUGCUGGAAACGGUCCCGCUCUGGGAGGGCCGUCUGCUCGCCGGGCGCUCCCGGGAGCCGAGGAGCCCAAGGAUCACACCUGCCACCCAGAGACUUUGUCUUUUGGAGAAGACGCCUCCGGAAGGACUCCCUUCCACCCCACUGGCAAGACCCCACUACUCAGCCACUGCUAACCCACCCGUGCUGCCAACUGACACACCUGGCAAAGCACCCACCGUCGACGGAGCUGCACACCGUCUGGUGACCCGGAAGCAGAGAUGCCACGGAACUGAAUGGAUGACGCCUUUUAGGUUUCAAAUUCAUACACGUCUCUCCUUUCAUCUGGACUACUACCUGACUCACCUCUUAUCCAAAUUCAUGGUCUGAAUUUGUAACUUAAUUGCUAUAUUAUUGAUAAACAUUUAGCUCCAAAUUAAAAAGUUUUUAGGGAGUUCCCGUCGUGGCACAGUGGUUAACGAAUCUGACUAGGAACCAUGAGGUUGCGGGUUUGGUCCCUGCCCUUGCUCAGUGGGUUAACGAUCCGGCGUGGCCGUGAGCUGUGGUGUAGGUCGCAGACGUGGCUCGGAUCCUGCGUUGCUGUGGCUCUGGCGUAGGCCGGUGGCUACAGCUCCGAUUCAACCCCUAGCUUGGGAACCUCCAUAUGCCGUGGGAGCGGCCCAAGAAAUAGCAACAACAACAACAACAAAAGACAAAAAGACAAAAAAAAAAAAAAAAAAAAGUUUUUAACGGCACAACCACUAUGGAAAACAGUAUGGAGGUACCUCAGAAAACUAAGUGUAGAAGUAUCAUAUCAUCCAACAAUCCCACUCUUAGGCAUAUAUCUGGACAAAAGUUGAAUUCAAAAUAAUACAUGCACCCCUGUGUUCACAGCAGCACUAUUCGCAAAAGCCAAGACAUGGAAACAACCUAAAUGUCCAUCAGCAGAUGGAUGGAUGAAGAAGAUGUACACACACACAAUGGAAUACUACUCAGCCAUAAAAAAGAAAAAAAUAAUACCAUUUGCAGCAACAUGGAUGGAACUAGAGACUCUCACACUAAGUGAAAUCAGUCGGAAAGAGAAAGACAAGCACUAUAUGACACCACUUAUAUCUGGAAUCUAACAUACGGCACAGAUGAGCCUUUCCACAGAAAAGAAACAAACUCAACUUGGAGAACAGACUCGCUGAAGGAGAGGGAGGGGGAGUGGGAUGGACUGGGAGUCUGGAGUUGACAGAUGCAAACUCCUGCCUUUGGAGUGGAUGAGCAAUGAGACCCUGCGUAGCCCAGGGAGCUCUAUCCAGUCCCUUAGCAUGGAGCGUGAUGGAGGAGCAAGUGAGAAAAAGAAUGCCUAUGACUGGGUCACUUUGUUGUACAGCAGGAAUUGACAGAACAUGGUAAAUCGACUGUGAUAGAAAAAACAAAAUCUUAAAAAAAUAUGAAGCCUUCCAAGUUUGUCUGUUUCGGGGAAAGGUUUAUCAGUUGCUGCUUCAUGGUUAUUCGUGCGGUGUGCCUUCCGGAAGUGCUGGAUUCUUUCCGCUUUGAGGUGCUCUUGCCAUUGCCGCUGUUCUAAGACAGGCCCUGAAGGGAAACCCUGAGAGCACCCCCCCCACUUGUUACUCGGAUGUGACCCCCAUAGGUCUCCCUGUGGCGCACACGCCUCUCCAUUGGGGACACGUCCCCAGGAAACGUCCUCCCUGGCAUGGAGGGACGAAAAGGUUAAUGAAUCUGGAAAACAGCUAUUGAUAAGCAAUGCUUUCAGAGAAAAAUCUUUUUCUUUUUCUUUUUUUGCUUUUUAGGGCCACACCCGAGGCAUAUGGAGGUUCCCAGGCUAGUGGUCGAAUCAGAGCUGUAGCUACUGGCCUACACAACAGCCACAGCAACUUGCCAUCUGAGCCGCAUCUGUGACCUACACCAUAGCUCAUGACGCAGGUCCUUAACCCACCAAGCAAGGCCAGGGAUCGAACCCACAACCUCAUGGUUCCUACUCGGAUUCGUUUCUGCUGCGCCACGUGUGAUGGGAACUCCAGAGAGAAAAAUCUUGAUCUCAGGGGAGAAAUGUGGGGAGAUCCCUCAUGCAGCAGGUCAAGGAUCCAGUGGGUUCCACCCUGGCCCAGGAACUUUGGCACGCCCCAGGCUUGGCCAGAAAAUAAAAGGGGGUGGGGAAUGUAAAAAUUAAUCAACAGAAAUUUUAUUUAAGAGGAGGCCAGAAGUGGGAGCUCUCCCCUGCUACUGUGUGGCCUCGGUUGCAGAUCUAAGGGGAGGGGUACUGCCUACUGCCCAGCUGGAGGACGUCUCGCUGCUCAGCAACAGCUCAGCCACUCGAAGCCCAGCUGCCUCCAGCGGACUCUGCUUAGAAAGGCCCCCACUCGCCGUUGCCCUCUGCGAGAGAGUUUCCUUUGUCUGCACUCACGUGUGGCUCGUACUAGGUUGCUUGUCCCGAAUUCCAGCUCUUGCUGGUACAUGACCAGCGGCUGUGUCAUUUUAGGUCACAUCAGCAUUUUCACAAAGGCUCUUCCAGGCGUUCGUCAGAUCAUCUCAAUGCCUGCCUUCUCUUGCUUGCCGCCUGCUGGCCCGUGCCCCGCAUGCCGGAUUUUCAUGGUUCUUCAGGCCUGGACUACUUUGUGUGCCAUGCUGAGAGCUGGGAUCUUGCCUCCAUCCAGUGCAGAAUGCUGGGGCCUAACUGCACCCCCGGUGGUGGGAAACGCAAGCGGGGCUCUUUCCGGGACACAGACCUCCUGAAAGAUGUUGGCACGUGUUCCUUCCAGAAGCAGGGCUAACGGUGGAGCUGUGAGUUUCCCCCUAAGGGUGAUGGAAGGUUCUAGACUAGCGGAAGUGCCCCGUCUGUCCACCCCAGGAUGAGGUCUGUCCCUCUAGGGCACAUGUCCAGGGCAGGGGGUGGCUGUUUGGGGUCAUGGGCUGAGCUGGGACGUGUAGGCCAGGGUGUGCACACCCUGUCCCCUGGGGGUGCGGUCUGGACGUCGGGCCUGGCCUUCCAGGUAGUUCUAGAGGUGUCUGUGCCACAGUGGGUGAGGGGCACACCUCAUCAGUUGAGACAGAGCAUUCGGGCCUCUGGCAGACCCGGCCGUGCUUCUCCCUCGACGAGCCUGCUGCACGAGCUGCUUCCCGGGCGCUGUCCGCAGCAGCUGGCCUCGCCCCGAAUAAUGGCAAGAACCUCCAUGCAGACGCCCGGGGGGAGGCGCUGGCUCCGUGUCCACCAACUAUAUCUUAAGAGCUAUUGCCAGGUGGAUUUCCAAAAAGGCUACAGCAAUCGGCGUGGCCUUCUCACACAGUCACCAGCACAGGGCACGCCACGUCCCUUUACAUUUUUGGUCAAGCCAACAGGGAGGAAGCGCCUCUCUCCCUGUGCUGGCUCUCCGUCAGCCGCCUCGUUUCCUCCUCUGCGAGUUCCGGUCCCACCUUUUCUUCUCCCUCCUUGUCAUCAUUAUAGAAAAACUCUUUGCAUGUCAAGGACCUUAAUCCCCUCUCUCACAUCGGUCGCGAACCCCGUUUCCCCAGCUCCCCCGGCUGCUGCCACCCGUGCUCCGCUGGGGAGGGUGUGCUGGAAAGGCCGCAGACCUGAGCUGCCUUGGUGCCCCUCUCACCACCUGGUACUCUUCCGCAGCUGUGCCGGGUUGGUUUCGGGGUGCCUUCUGGGUUGGAUGUCUUUUCUCCCUCACGGGCCAUGACAGAAGGAAGCCUGUGACCAGACGCGAGGCCUGCCGCCUCCUGUGGGUGGACUCAGCCCUCCCCACUGUGGCCAGCCAUAGACUGUGGGCAGAGCACACUUGCUGUAGCAGCCCCAGACCUGCGACUACAAGGUCCCAAUCAGGGGCGGGGUGAGCAGGGGCACGAGUCAAAGCUUCUGGCGGUCCUGGGGUCAGAACUGCAGGCGACAUGGUACUCGCGCGCUCAAAGCACCAGGUAUGCGGGCGGGCGGGUCCCGCUGGCAAGCUCUCCUGGCCUGCGCAGGCCUUGACUGAGACAGAAAUUCUGGCAGCUUCACCCUGACUCCGGACCUGGGGGCAGGGUGACACCUCCUGCCUCAGAACCUGAGAGUGUGCAGAGGGCUCCUGGGUCACGUGUGACCUUGCGAGGAACGAUUUGGUGGGGAAAGUACGCAGGUAUGCAUUCGGCACUGAAUCCAACUCCCCAAAAGCUUAUCUCUUUGAGAGGCACAACCCCUCUAUUCCUUGCCUCAGCGCACGCGAGACCCUGGAGGCAGCUCGGGGCUGCAGGGCCGGGUGCCUUCCCUCAGCUGGCACGCUCACCCCACGAAGGGCUGCCAGUCACUAGGUCCCUGGAACCCCAAGCCUCCCAGCUGUCACACACACCAUCCACUGGUAGCCCCCUGCCCUCCUCAGCCUUUGGUGGCCCUGGAUGUACCAGCUGGCACCUCCUGAUCUGCCCACAGGCAAUUGGACCAGGAGCCACCAGGGCGGUCAGGCCCGGAUGGACCCAACAGCAGCCUGGAUGCUGGGGGAGGGAGGCACUGGGCACUUCUGGGGACGACUGGGGCUCAUGAUGGCCAGUUGGUCCUGUGGUCACUUCCUGGCCUCCCCCCGUGGCCACACUGCUGACCACAUGCAGAGAAUGGCCCGGGGGAAUGGGUGGCCCCGCUCCAUGCCUGGGAGUGGGGCAGAGGCUGCAGGAGGCGGGGUGUCUGCUCUUAUCUCCUGGCCCCACCAGGCCCUUCCGCAAGACCACAUCCCCGCCCCCCGCAGCAGGACCAUCCCAAGGACCUGCUUUCCCCAGGCCCCGUCUGGGAGCCUCACAGCCCCAUCCCCAGACCUCUCACAGAGUGUCCCCUAGGUGGGAGAGGCCUGGCGGCCCCAGGCCCCCCAAUCCAGGCCGCCACCACAGCAGCAACCUCAGACCAGCAGGCCCAGAAGGUAGCAGACGGCGCCGAGAGAGGAGACCCACGCGGCAGCCGCAGCGGAGGGUCAGAUUUAAUGGUCACUCUAAGGGAUGCCGUACGUGGUGCAGAGCCCGGCUCAAGCCCCGCCCCCUCGGCCAGGGGCACAGCCGGGUGUCUGGCACCAGGCUCUGCAAAGGGGGGCCAGCCCCCGAGCCCCAGCUAUGUACAAGAGAGCCCCCCGCCAGGCCACAGCAAGGCUGUGAGCCCAUAGCCCACCAGCCGCCCAGCCUUCAGGCCCGGGCCCCCACUGCAGUGUGCUGCAGGGUUCUCGCCACCGGGACCCAGCCCCAGCAGGCUCCCACCAAGACCCCAGGCUUUGCGCUGGGAGAGGCCUUCGGACCUCGGCCGCCAAAAGCUGAGCUGGACAGCUGUGGGGAGCCGGGCAGGCCCGGGAGGCUGGGGAGCAGGCAGGGCCUGACUCGACCCAGUGGCCCUCUGAGCAAAGGAAGGCUCGCUCCCACUCUGUGGCUGCCCAGGCACCGUGCUGAGCCGGUGCGCCUGAGGCCAGGGAAGCAGGGGCGGCGAGAGCAGCGCAAGCACGGACGAUCAGGGACUCGGCCAGCGACGGAGCCAGCCGGGCAGACGGGCCGCCCUGGUGCUGGUGAUCAGAUACGGCAGGGCUGGGGAGCUGGGGCACAGAGCUGA